AAUAAGCCGUCUUCGUACCGUCGCGUUCGUUCCUUAACUUUCCAUGGACCUCACUGUGUGUGUGGCUAUUUUCGUUAAAUCAGCGAAAAUAAAAAAUUUAACAAAUCACGUUCGACACUUAUCUCCUCCGGUAAACCGUUCAGUGAAGAUUAGCUACUCCUGUGCAGCCGACGCAAAACAACACAGUUUAAAGGUUCCUUUAACGGUACGGAAUUUCGCACGUGCUUUCACACACCCGCGUACACGAUCGAGGAUGUACGUUCGUUCUGGGAUGUCGUGAGGAUGGUGCUAUUUUCUGUGCAUCAACAACACUUCGCUGUCGUUGUCAAGGCAACCUGAUUCUCCUUCAUCUCUCAUGAUUAUCACAUCGUAUAGCCAUUGACGAAAGCUGCCUCCAAAAACUUCGACCAGUUGGGUGUAGUUUCCUGUGUUUGUGAUCUUCACGCAAGAAACCUGUUCGCGUAAUACAAAAAGUGGUUCCUCCAAGUUCUUUCCGCCAACGUAGCUAUCACGAAUCAAACGCACACAUUCUCGAAGAGGGUGAAUAAAAAAAUUAAUGCCAACUACCGCAUGUUUGAUGCUCAGCUUCCGCUAGACUUAAUGGGGUUUUUGACCGAACCCCACUACUAACCCUCUAGUUUGGGUUACAACACGCGCUCCAGCUAGAAGACCUUCAUCGGUUCGGAUUGUUCAAUUUUGGUAUUUAUCGCCGAGAGAAUCAAAAUAAAAAACAAGGUGACACUUUAGUGACAAAAAACCGUCAACCGACUUAUUGGUGCUACUAAGGUGCUAAAUGCAAUAACGUCAGUAAACCGGUUCGAACACCAUUGAACUCUCUAAAACCCAAUUUUUACCUUCAAGGCAACAAUUCUAAACCACCGUCGGAUUUCUCCGAGCCAGAUCCAUGUGGAUCAAACACAUUCGAUACGGGUGUCGGAAGGUUAGUGUCCUUCGGCGGCAAGUUGACUAAAGGAGAUCGUGGUAUGACGGUACACUUCCGCCACAGUGUGCGUGUGUGAUAAAGCGAAAAAGCGAAACGAAACGUCCCUGGUGAACGUCGAGGCCUUCCGAAGAGAAAAUAGUGCAUUUUAGAUAGUCAUAGGUUAGUUUGUGCAUAGUGUUCACACGAAACGGUCGGUAGUGUACAUUGUCUGCCCGGCCUAUCUAGCGGCUAGGCCAUAAUCAAGAAAUUCGCGCCACCAUUGUCCUGUGCCUUCGUGUUACGUGCGGUGUGUAUGUAAACGUUAUCGGAAUUCCUUGGGCGCAAGAUGACACUGCCAGAAUUUCUCAACCCCACCCCGGAGCAAGUGGCCGAGCUACGCCAGCUGUUCAAGGAGAAGCUGGAAAAGGAUGCUGCCAAAGUGCCAGUGGGAGGCUUCCACGAGCACGAUCUGAAGUGGGUUUUCGAAGGCGACGGAUGGUUGAUAAAGUUCCUGGAGAACAAUGACAUCAACAUGAAGGACUCGCUGAAGCAGCUCUGGGAAACGAUUGAGUGGAGGAAAACAUCUGGCAUCAAUGAUAUACGUGAAGAUAAUAUUCGUAUGGAGUACAUUAACGAUGGACUUAUGUUUCCUCGGGGGCGCGACGUCGACGGCAAGACGGUGUUCAUCUUCAAAUCAAAGCUGUACGUACGAGGUACGCGCAACCUGGACGAUCUGAAGAAGUGCUUCCUGUACUGGAUCGAACGGAUAAUUCGCGAAGCGAACGAUGACCUCGUGACGAUCGUGUUCGACCUGACCGACGCCGGGCUAAGCAACGUCGAUAUGGACUACACGAAGUAUAUCAUCAACACGUUAAAAAACUACUAUCCCUGCUCUCUGAACUAUAUUCUCAUCUACGAUCUUCCAUGGAUACUUAACGCCACCUUUCAAAUCAUCAAAAAACUGCUACCUGCCAAAGCCGUUGACCGGUUACGGAACAUUAACAACAAAAACAUCCGCGAGUACAUUGACGAAGACAACAUGCAAAAGUGCUGGGGUGGCAAGGAUGACUACGUGUUUGAGUUCAUCCCGGAAGCCCGGAAACCGAUGGAGUUACCACUGACGCAAAACGGCACACAGAAUGGAAUUCUUUCGAAGAAGGUACAUUUUGCGAACCUCAGUCCCCCGGAAUCGCCAAUGAACGAAUCGGCCGUCAGCAAGUUUCCGGAGCACAGUGACGGUGAGAUGUUACGGAUAAAUCCACAGUACACCAUUACAUUCGCCAAAUCCGGCAGCGAUCUGGUCGGAACGGUGGAAAUCACUAAUGUGGAUAGUAAAGCAGUUUCGUACAAGAUAAAAACGACAGCACCAGAGAAGUUUCGAGUGCGUCCUAGCACGGGUGUACUUCUGCCGUCGGCGAGCAUCACAAUAAAUGUGAUGCUACAGCAAGGCCAACAGAUCAACACGAUCAAUCGAGAGAAAUUCCUUGUGAUGUGCAUUGCCGUUUCUAACGAUAUUUCUACCAACCCGCAAGAGUUGGCCGAGUUGUGGAAGACCAUCUCCGCUAAAAGUGGCCUGGUGGAGCAGCACCGGCUUAAGUGUGCACUACCGGUAAACUUUGACGAAAGCGGACUUGAAUCAAUGUUCGGAAGUGGUGUCGGUAAUGCAACAUCUGGCCAUGACCAGUACGGUACCGUUGGUGGGACGUACUUAGGCGGUGGGAUGACGAGUAUGGGUGGCGACAAACAGAUGGCUCAUCUUCAGCAGACAAUUGCACACCUAAACGAUACAACGCACCGGUUGGAGGCGCAGGUGAAGCGAAACCAUAAGCUCCAGUGGAUUACCUGCAUACUUUUCGUGUUGCUGUCGGUGGCCAUCGUGUACAUACUGAAGGUUGAGAUCAAAAGUAACGCUUCGCAGUAUUGCAGCACCAUCGAGGGAGGACACCAUUAAGGGCCGGAGUUUGCGAAAGUGGAAGCAUUUUGAAACGGGCUUCUAGCAUUUUGUUCCAAUUGGCUGUCGGUUCCAAUCUAUGCAAAGUGCUACAUUCCUUUGUUUUAUUUUUGUUCAUUUUUGGCUAAUUUCUAUGCAUACUAAUGUUGUGUUUUCCACGAACGUAUGAUCCUUUAUGGUAGUUUCCUUAAUCUUGUCCUUUCGUUCAUUUUAUUGGUCUUAAAAUGUCCUCCAUGUUUCAUUGAUACGGGAGCUCCUGUCCCAUCCCAGUAGGGUUAUUUUAUGUUGUAAAUUAUACGUUAGGUGAUGUGAAUAGGAUAUCAAAUUUGUUAUUUUUCUCCCACCAAACCUUUCCCCACGCGUACAAUGGUAGGGUAACCUGCGUUGAGAGAAUAAAACUUGGCAAGAAAAGU